AGUUCAUUGGUUAUAAUAUUUCCUUUCACUGGUAAUCAGAAUGAUCGAAUAUAAUAAAACAACGAAGAGUUCGCGCGGUACCAUCGAGUUUAUUUUUAGAUUGUAAAAUGUCAACUACUCGCUUGAUGGAUUCGCAGCAUCAAGACGUCAAAUUUGGUCCUCCUUCAGACAAACACAACACCGAUAUGCAUCGAGACGUGAAAGUCAGUGUGUAUGAUCCUCAGCCUAUCGAUCACAGGCGAACUAGGUAUCCUUACUGCGUCGUAUGGACACCGAUUCCGUUUUUAACAUGGAUUUUCCCGUUUAUUGGCCACAUGGGAAUAGCUAUGUCAUCUGGCGUCAUUCGGGACUUUGCAGGUCCUUAUUAUGUAUCAGAAGAUGACAUGGGCUUUGGAAAGCCGACCAAAUACUGGAUGUUGGACCACGCGCAGGCCAAGUCCAACUCAUGGGAUGUCAGCAUAUCGGAGGCUUCAGAAGAAUACAAAAACAGAAUGCACAAUCUGUGUUGUGAUAACUGUCAUUCGCACGUUGCAAUGGCGCUGAAUUUGAUGCAGUACAAGAGGCAGAGUUGGAAUAUGAUCAAGCUGGCUUUCCUCAUGCUGAUAUAUGGCCGAUAUGUUGGGAUUGGUGGAUUUCUGAAGACAUGGUUGCCAGCGAUCAUAUUGUAUGGCAUCAUCAUUGCGUUGGUGUUGAUUCUGUGAUGGAUAGUUACCGCAAUGUUCUGAGAUCCAGAGUUAGUAGGAGUUGCUUAGUUAACCAGCACUUGACAUUCAAUGGGGUACCGAAGUGUGACGUCAGCUAUCAUUGUUGUGGUUCACGCUCUGAUGUCUUCACACACUAAAGCCUAGUGCAUGGAACAGAAUACGUGGCGCACUUCGGUACUCUAUACAAGGGUUUCAUAGUAAAGUGCACCAUAAAGUGCAUGUAAAAAUUGGAUUCAGCCUCAAUCCUCCAAAAUCAUUUGUUAAUUCUUGAUUUUGUUCAGUGGAGGGACGACCAUGUUAUUCUGUUAAUGGGUUGAGGCAGUGCAGAUGACAUUCAGAAGUCGUGCUGAUGAUAUCCCUAUUUGGAUUGCAUAAUGCAAAAGUCAAUUAUGGCUGAACAUAAACAAUGCUGGGUACAGCCUACAAACUCGACCAAUGUGUACUCAAAAAAUCAACCGACAUUUUUGGAGGAUUGAGGGUUAGGGUUAACCUUUUUUCACCUAUUUUGUUUGUUUAUAUAACAAAAAUUUGUUUACUGUAAUAGGGUGCAUGAUUGCCCAACUUUGUUGUCACACCGUGAUGGUCCACUUUUAAAACACACGUGCUCAGAAUCACUUGAUCACCAGAAAAAUGGCUUUAUAUUUGAGAGUUUUUGAGAUCUAGCACAAUGUUUUUUAGUAGGACCCAUCCAGCUAACUUAGAAGAUAAUAUGUCAAUAUAAAGAACCUUCAACAACAGAGCGUUAAAAAUAAAUUUUGAUGUUGGUUCCUUUCUGAAUAUCGCAAAACCUUUGCAUGUAUUACACGUCAUCCGACGCGAACUGGUUAAGUAUGGUUUUGGUGCACUGUGUUGUGUAAGACACAUGAAUUGGUGGGAGUGCAAAAGCUUUUAUGCUGGGGUGUGAAUAAACAUCCAUUUUGAAGGAUAUUUCACUCAAAAUUCUGAAAUAUCAGUAGUACUUGUUAGAUACUGUAAAUAAUUAACAAUGUUUCUACAAUGCCUGAAGAAAUCCCUGUCAUCUAGUUGGUAGGUCGUUGAUCACACGUCAAUGAAUAAUUCGUCCCAACCCAUGGCCCUGUUGCUCCGCAAAAAAAUAUAAGUUCUAUUCCAUGGUAAAUAUAAGUUGCAUCGCAAGGUCCUUGCUCUAUGCUGUGACGAAUCAGACGACGAGGAUUCAUUCAGGUUUUGUAAAAAACAUGUAACACAAAGACUGAAUGUUUCACAUUCGUGCAAUGGAAAGAAUAAUUUCAUUUGUUGACAGAUGGAAUAUUCCGUCUGUCUGUCGCCAAAUAAAAUUAAUUUUACCACAGAGUACCGAAGUGAAUACAUCAUGCGCACAAAAUACGUGUUAAAGACGUUAGCACGUAUUUCAGCCUGUGAACCAACACGCGCACGUACUCCAUUCAUUUCCACUACGUUUUCUGGUUCUAAAUGACGUCACACUUCGGUAUUCUAUUGCACUUAAAAACAUUCAUCAUUUGUAUAAUGUUUUAAAAUCUUGAUACAAGUGUACAUUUUGGUUUUGAGUUGUGUUGUAAACUCUAAACAAGAAAUUACUAUUUUAUUAAUGAUCAAAACAAUAAUACCACUUGAAGCAAUAGCAGUCUGUUGCUGUAAGAACUGCAGCCAGUUUUAGUCUCUGUGCAAAGAAUAGUAGAUGGUAGAUGUAAAAAUUGAACAUUAGUAUCCUUUCAACACCCCAUUUCACAAAGCACUGCGACGACUCGCGGUGCGUCGUACAAUACAUUUCACAAAACUUGCAAUGUGUUGACACGUUGUUAGUUCCUUGACAAUGAUUUAAAACACGUCCCAAGUUACGACAUGUCCAAUUUCAAAGUAGCUAUACAGUCCACCGUGAGCUUGUUUCCUUUAAAAGUGCAUCACCCGUCCACCAUUUUGUUUUACAUUUUAAAAACUAUUCGAGAUGCGUUCUGAUGACUCUUUGUUGAAUAUCAGAAGACGAUUUACUGUAUGCUGAACAAAUAAAUACAACAGUCACCGUGUUAUGCUAUAAAUACACCGACACGUUUUGUGAAAUGAAUCGCAGGACGCUUUGCAGCUGCGAUGCAUCGUAGGGAUACGACGCGUCACAAGAUACGAUGAGUUUCGUGAAUCAGGUGCAGGCUUCACAACAUAAAAAACAAUGAGGAAUUAAUUCUCAAGUCUGUACGAGUUCUUAAGGAUUAGGGGUGGGCACUGGAGUUGGUUACCCAAGAACCUGACCACUGAUGUUAGGAAGCAGUUCCAGAUUAUGGGAUUCAGUACCCGUAACCAACUUCACAAAUAACUUAGUAACUUCCAAGACAAUGAAAAAGAAACCUUUUGAAUACCAUUCAUGGGAGUUUCCAAAAUGAAAACCAGGCUUCAAAGAAAACCAAAACAGAUUUCAUGUUAAUAUUUUAUCACACCACAGAUGACCCUCAUGAAAACUGCAGUUCACACCAUAAAGCUAUGAAGCCCUUCAGACAACUUUUGGGGUUCGAAUCUUGGGUUGGGUUUCUAUCAAGGGUACCCAUGUUUAACUUCAAUACGUACCCGGUUCCCGUACAACCUGUAAAUACACACCACUACCAGUUUUAAAAGCCAAUCACAUUUCUUAUGAACACUUUAAGAUGGAAUAACAUAUUGGAACAUAGCUGUGCCAAUUUAUUUCUGAUACAAUUCGAGUCUGCAAUUUUGAUGGGAGUUGCAUGUAAAUACUGUAUUUAUUUCAAUUGGAAUUUGUACAUUUGGUUUUGUUGAUUCAAUAAACAAGAAGAAAUUAUUAUUCAUAAAUACCCGAGUCAGUUUACCCAUUCCUACUGGUCAAGAGCCCAUCACGUGGGUGGGUUUAAACGGGUGAUGAAACACCGACUGGUUCUAACCACUUUUUUUGUCUGGCACUGCUGCAUUCUGCGCCGCAUUGUGCAGUAUGUGCCA